GGCGGCAGCAUGAGCCACGUAGUGACCAUCGAGGAGCCCCAGGCCAAGCCAGACGUGUCUCAGCCCCGGUGUGGGGUGAAGUCGGGGGCCUGGGGCCACGUCUCCUCCAGCCGAAUGUAUGAUUUCCUGUAUGCCCAUAGCCAUCUUCCUGAAACCUGUUCCAGACGUUUUGGUACCCAGAAAAGUAUGCAAUGAUUUGGAGACUUGGAGAUUCCCCCAACAUUCCCGCGUUCAAACUGCAUAAAAUGCCCAACAGGAAUGACCUUCCUGCUCCCAUUCUCUGGGAAACUCCAAAUUUGGCAUUGUAGGUAAAGAAGUGCCAGUUUAUCUCACUUUUGUUUUUAGUUUUCUCUUUUUCCUUAAACUUAUUCUUAUCCAUCAAAGCAUUACUUAUAAACUAGGUCCACUGUGUCCUUUUGGGCCAAUAAAGCCCCAGUGUAUUUUAUUUUAUUGCUGAAGAAGAUUCGCCCUGAGCUAACAUCUGUGCCAGUCUUCCUCUCAGUUUUGCAUGAGGGUCGCAGCCACAGCAUGGCUACUGAGGUGUAGGUCGGUGCAGGGAUGGACCCAGGGCUACCUAAGCGGAGCCCGAGUCUGCUGCCAGCACCCUGCCUCCCACUCCCCCUCCCCUCCCCCCCGUGUAUUUUACUGCCCUGAUUGACCAUUUAUGUUGUCUCUUCUACAGGAUCUUAAGUUGCUUACGCUCUUUAAGUUCCUGUUCUAUACAUUUUUGUAGCCUUCUCAGUACCCAUUCCAGUGCUGGUGCGUAUACUAGGUGCUUCAUAAAUGUUUUAUUGAAUUUUUGAAUUUGCUAUUACAAGAAUUAUAAUCAGGUAAGCAUGAUUUUUUUCCAAUUUUGCCCUCAGUAGUCCCAUGCUCUUCACUUGAACUUUCCAUUGCUUUUAACAGUGUGGUAUCUCCUCUGGGAUUCCCAGGGUCUCCUUUUGAUGGAAUCUGUAGGCUGCCCAUUUCCUGGUGUAGGGGCCAUGAAUGAUUGCUUGUAUAUUCUCACCAGUGCUUUUCUUUAUUCCCUUUUGGUUUCAUCUUGUGAAGUAAAUCUAGUAAACCCCUAUAAACACAUCACCAUGUUUGCUUCAAAGGUAAUUUGGAAAUGGGGAUAGACAUCUUCAGGAAAGACAGGCAAAGGAUUUAUUAAGCUUCUUGUUUCUUUUAUUCCUGAAAGUAUCUCUUUUUUUUUGCAGAGAGAUUGCUAAAUGUUUCCAUGUAUCUUGCAAGGAACAAAAAUCCUCUCAGAAUAGGUCAAAUGACAAUUUGGAUUGUUCUAGUUAAACAGGCAGCAUCACAGCCAUUCGUGGACAGGAAGCAUAAUGUAGCCAGAACCGACCAGAGCCAGGACAGGAAGGAUCCAUUGUUUAUUUUGUCAAGUGAGAAAGACCACAAACAGGCAGAUGUCCAAGCCACCAUGAUUCGAAGCAAACUGAGAAAAGUUCCCAGGUUUAGAGCCAUGUUCAGUAACCUGAUCCAUUAUCCAAGAUAUUCUGUAUAUUGGAGCAAGGCAGAUCCCGUCCCAGCGUUCGUCCGUCGGGAGUGGAAGGGACAGGAGGAGAAACACAGAGAAGCCCUCCAGCAGCUUGCCACAACUGACACUUCUUUUCAGAUGCCUAAAGAGGUUUACGAAGAUCCUGAAGUUACUGGAAGGAAUCGUUAUAAAUAUUUUGAAAGGCCUUUCCUUCCAUUUUUGGAGCAGAUGCCACUGAAUGUUGUUUUUGAAACAACCAAGAUAGAGGCAUAUACUUUUCCUCCUGCUUCUCCUGAUUACCCGCCCAGCCCUUCAAAGUGCACUGUGGGCACUCAGACAGCUUAUCGGGAUGCCGAAGUUCAGACGGAUCCGUAUUCCCCAGAGUACGUGGUAUGUCAGGACUCGAUCCCUGAGCUCCUGACCCUGGCCACUCUUACUUGGGGUCGCGGUCUCCCGGCAGGACAAGCCGAGGUGGAGAUGAUAGAACGUGCCCGGGAGAAGCGCGCUUGGGAGGCCACUCUGCCCCCUCUGAGUGACACCGCCCAGUUUGAGAAGAGGAGGAGGAUGAUGAACGUGAUGGAGAGGAAGGAGUGGGCCUUCAGAGAGCAGGAGAUUGAAAAAUUGCAGGAGAUUCGCCUAGAAGUUCUAAAACAGCUGUUGAAAAAGCGUGACGAGAAUCAAAAUGAAGUGAACACGAAGCACUUGAACGCCCAGUGGUCUAAACUGCAGGAAGCAAAGGAGGCAAAGCUGGCACAAAUUCAGCGUGCACACGUGUCAGCCAUCAGAAAACUUAUGGGAAAGGGAAAGAAUAUAGAAGGAAAGUUGGAGAGAAGAAAUAUCAUCAAGGAUUAUUCUGAUUAUGCAUCACAGGUCUAUGGACCUCUGUCACGCCUUGGUCGUUUCCCAGACAACAACUCAGAGGACUUUGUAGUAAAAAACCUCUAUCUCAACACCUAUGAAGGAUUAGUCGAACUUGAGUCAUGUCUCCCGGAUUUUGUGACUCAACCCCGCAUCAGACCUCCAAAACCCAAAGUCACUACCACCAAAGCUGGCUUUCUAAAGAGGGCAGCAAGGAUGGACCAUGAGCUGGCAGAAGUUCAUCAGGUACUGUUGGAGAAGAAGAAUAAGGUUCUUGAACCAAAGAAACCUCCGCGCUUUCUUCAAAGAAAGCUAAUUCCCCAACCUCGGCUCCCAACUCCAACCUUGGAAAUGGGCUCCAAUGAAGAAGAGGAUAUAGAAAUGGCUGUGAUCUACCUGCAAAAGUUACUCCGAGGCAGAGUCGUUCAGAACAUGAUGUUUGAAGGGAAAGAAAAGCGACUGGAGUUGAUCCAGGAGCUGCGCACGAGCCAUGCACUACAGGAAGAUGACAGGCUGGUGAAGAAAGCCGAGAAGCAAGUCACCCUGGCCUUGCAACGCCAGAGGAACUUGCAUGAGCACAAGGUGUCACUGGUGGAAAACCAUUUGGCUGGACUGGAAGGAAGGGUGCUGGCAGACAUGUUUGACUUCCUGUCCAAAGAGCUGGUGAGACUACAGGAAGAGAGGAGGAUCCAUGCCUUCGCCAUGCUGGCCGAGCGACAGCGGAGGAUGCGGGAAGCCGAAGAAAGUGGUCGGCGCCAGGUGGAGCAAAGGCGCCUGCGGGAGGAGGACCAGAUAUUUAAGGAGGUUCUUAAAGUUCACCAAAGUACUGUAACUUCCUAUCUGGAAGACAUAAUACUGAACACCGAAGAGAACACUGCAGAAGAACAAGCCAGGGCAGAAAUUGAGAAGGUGGCUAAGGAAAUUAAUGACAUUGCUUAUGAAAUGGAGAGCCGUCGAACUCAGCUCCAGUCAGAGGAGAUUGUCGCAGAGUUGGUUUAUAGUUUCUUGAUCCCAGAGGUGCAAAAGAACUUUGUCAAAGAAAAAGUGAGGAACGCUCAGCGGAAGCACGUUCUUGCAGCCCAUCAGAUCAUCCACAGGCAGACGGAAGCCAUGCUCAGACAGAAUUUUGCUGAGCAAAAGCAAGAUGAGGUCCCAGACACUGACAAUUUACCUGAGGAAGGACAAUUUAGAGAGGAAGAAACUCAAAAUGAGGAAAACAGCUAAGAUUAUGAUCUUUUUUAAAGGAAGAUGUGCAAAUCAUCGUAAAGGAUCCAGUAGUCUGUGCUUCUCCCAAGAUGGGCAGCUCUUAAGGACUUGUCAGUGUGUGAUUCAUGAGGAAAGAGGUUUAUUUCCCUUAAAUUCCCACUAACUUAAAAUGAUUUUCAGUACUAAUAAUCAAAUGAAGGAGCUUUAUUUUCUUUGGUGUUUCCUAGAUGCUCUACUUCAAGAGAAAAUUUUUUCAUGUAUCAUUUCAACAUUUUGUUAACUAUGAGGACAUCCUGGCUUGUUGACUCAAACAAAAAGAAAUGUUAUUGAAUAUUUAAGUGGUUUUGGUUUGUUAUUCGUAGUACUUUGGCAUUAUCUACUAAGGUUGAAAAAUAUGCAUACCUCGUAACCCAGCAUUUCAUCUCCUAGAUAGAAACCCAGUAGAAAUGCGUUAGCAUGUGCACCAACACACACGACAAGAAUGUUCAUAGCAGUACUAUUCAUGAUAGCCCCUAAACUGGAAACUCAAUAUCCAUCUACAUUGGAACAGAAAAAUAAACCGUGGCAUAUCUGUACAAUGGCACAUCAACCACUACUGAGCUCUAGAUCUAAGAAGUAUAUUCAUGCAACACCCAUAGAGAGGGUGCUGUUGGAGAGCAAUCUGUCCAGCCUGUGUGUUGACAAGCAUCAGGGCUGAAUGGAUCCCUCCUCAUUUCAAGAUCAGUAAAUAGGAAAAACAAUAAACAAAAGCAUCAAC